GACGUGCGUAUAUCUGGUGAUUUGGCGCCAAAGUUGAAGCACUUGAGCAUAUGUAUGUGUUGGAGUAUCGGUACCAUGGAGAUUAGAGACAUGACGAACCUCGAAUCUAUGAGGUUUCAUGAAUUUCCGUAUUUUUGUCUCCUCGCGAUAGAAAAUGUGCCGAGGCUUGUUGAGUUGGAAACUAAUUGUGUCGAGAUCGGAACUGAAAUCCUCUCACGCGGCAAUAUAAUUAGUGAGCAAUUGGCGAAGGUUAAACAUGUUGAGUUGGAAUGUCUUAUGUUCAGGAAUACUAUUGACUCCCACGAACUCGUUCGUUUCAUCGACGCGUGUCCGUGCUUGCAGAGACUCGAGAUUAAGUUUACGGCAACAAACUUUCACGAUAGGUAUUAUCAUAUGAAGGUGGUGAACAAGACCUCAAAUGAUGAUCAUCCGAAAACGGUGAAACUGUCGGGAAUCAAAGCGUCUCCGAACGAAGUGGAACUCGGGGUGCUCGUUGUUGAAAAAGCUACGGCACUUGAAGAGCUUAUCGUGGAAAUUAGCCCCGACAAAAGCUACACAAACCGACAAAGGAUUAUAGCUCGUAUACGGAAAGAAUUUCAACCAAUACUACAAGAUUCGGUUAAUUUUGUUGUUGUCUAGAUAUUUAAUUUAAUCUAAGACCAUCGAAUUUAUAUUAUAUGCUGCUUGGCUGUGCUUUCAGAAUGUUAACAAAAUUGUUUUUCAAGUCCUGUUUGUGCCAUCUUGGGGCAAACAAGUUUAUAUAUAUAACAGCAGUUCUUUUCAAUAAUUUUCUGACAUGAUUAGCAUAUUACGUAAAUUACAAUAAACUCAUUAUAGAUUAAAGUAACUCUAUCAACAUAAAUCAAAUACAUAAGACACAUGUGGCAAUAUAUACAGCAAUAUGUAUAUACAGCAAUAUGUACCUGUCAUCAUAAAAUAAAAAUAGACCAAAAAAUAAAAAUCAACCACACAUAGAACAUGUUCAACAAAAAGAAAAUCGAUCAAAUUCCUUUAAUCCCAAAGUUCAAAGAUUCUAAAUAACA